AUGAUUGACCUGGGUCCGGAAGCUAGAUCUGACGCAUUGGCACACUAUGCAAGGAAUAUCAUCAAGAAUUUCCACCUCAAGCUCUCUAUUCCGAGUCUCCAAGUGACCGCUGCUCUGCCCACUGUACCUACUGUACUUGUGAGAGAGACUCACAAAGUUGGAAUCAUCGGUGCUGGCGUUGGCGGUCUUUAUGCCGCAAUGAUACUUCAAGACCUUGGCAUUCCUUACGAGAUUUUAGAAUCCUCCAACCGUUGGGGUGGGCGUCUAUUCACGCAUCAUUUCUCCGACGAGGAACAUGAUUACUUUGACGUCGGAGCCAUGCGCUUUCCCAAUACGCCGCUAAUGAAGCGCACGUUCGAUCUCUUCGACCGCCUCGAUAUCAAACGUGGAGGAAAACUGAUUAAAUACAUAUAUCAGAAUCCUGAAAACGUUUUCUUUUAUAAUUCGAUACGCAGGAAGCGCUCGGAUCCUGGUGUCACAACAGCGAAUGAGUUCCAGAUCACUGAUGUCCCCGAGAAAUAUGGUCAGACCGGAUGGGAUAACCUUGUUAAGAACGUUAUUAGCCCUUUUGCUAAGACUCUCGCCGAUGAUGUCACUAACGGUGGGGACGAGGGGUGGAAGUUGAUGAUGCAAUACGACAUAUACUCUACCCGAGCCUACAUGGCAGGAAACCGUUCGGACGCCAAACCAGAACUGGACGAGCUGAAGAUGAUGCCUUACCCGCUGGGUGUAGUGAACUGGCUUGAGACGUUCGACACUUCCACAGGUCAAUACGAUGCCGCACUAUCUGAGGAAGUUAUGGAUAGUCUUGCGUUCGCGUUUCCCGAAGAGGACGCAAAUGCAACUGUUGACUGGUAUUGCGUGGAUGGAGGGUCAAGUGUUAUCGCUGAUACCAUGGUUGCUAAACUCAAUCUAACUCUAGGGGACAGGCUUUACCUUGACACUCCUGUUACCGGUAUUGCACUUCUUAAAGAGCCAACUCCAACAGUUACAGUCUCCCUAGACGAUGGCAGUCAACGCUCAUAUUCCCAUGUGAUCACUACGGCUACACUUCCAUGCCUGCGAACCAUGGAUCUCACCGGAGCAGAGCUCGACUACAUGCAAAAGUCAUCCCUCCGCGAGUUAGCGUACGGACCAUCUACAAAGAUCGGUAUCAAGUUUAAGUCGAAUUGGUGGGAGAACGAUACUAUUAUGAAGCAGCUCGGAGCAUCUGGAGCGAUUGUCGGUGGGCAGUCGCAAACGGACAACAUGGCUCGUACAAUCGUUUAUCCGUCGUAUGGCGCAACCAGUGGCAGGAAGUCUACAGUGUUGAUCGCUAGCUAUGCUUGGACAGCCGAUGCGAACGCGCUUUCAGCACUCAUGGGUGACGACGACAAAUCAAAGGCUUUACUUAAGCGAAGGAUUUUGCAAGACCUUGUAGCCGUACAUGGCUUCCAGCCCGAAGAGGGCUAUGAUUUCUUGGAGAAACAGUACGUAGAGGCUUUCCCAUGGAGCUGGGGAAGAAAUCCUUAUACGAUGGGCGCGUUUGCAAAAUUCGGACCAGGUCAGUUUGCUGACCUUUAUCAACACUUGACUCGCCCUGCUGCUGAAGGGAGACUACAUUUCGCUGGGGAGGUCAUCAGCGAUCGGCAUGCCUGGGUGGUCGGUGCUCUUGAAGCAUCAUACAGGGCGGUUAAGGAGAUCAUUAUGCUUAGCUAUCCAGAGAAGCUGGAUGACUUUGAGAAUAGGUGGACACUGCAUGACAAGGAGUGGGCGGACGGGUCCUUGGAGAGGCAGAUCCUUGUCUCGAUUCACCGUGUGUUUAAAGAUAAUUGA